AUGCCGACGGACGCAAGGUCGCUACUUCGAGCCGCCGCCAACGAGCGAGCGAAGGCAAGUGCAACCGGCAUCUCGGACCCCUUUGCCUCCUAUUCCUCGACAGGAGGCCUUCGAUGCUCCGCCUGCAAGUAUCUCACCAUCAAACACGAGAGCCUUUGGGGUGCCCACGUGCUGAGCAAAAGUCAUCGCAGCAACGUCGCUCGGAUCAGAGAAGAAGAGUUAAGCCAAGCCGAGCUGCAGCGUACCAAGGACGGCAAGCGCAAGGCACAAGACGCACCCGCGCAAGACGACCACCGCGAGGCUUUGGCCGCAUCCACAACAAACGCCGAUGAUCGAAAUGCAGAUGCAGCGUCAGGUAGCAAGAAGGCACGCGUCGAUACAGAUCAAGAGAACGAUAUUGCUCCGUCUGUUGAUCCAGAAUGGGAGCUCUUCAAGGCGCAAUUGGAGUCAGCAGAGCCUGGUCAAGGACCAGCGGCAGAAACCAACUCUGCGGGAGCUGCUCUCGAGGCUGAGGCGCAGUUGAUAUCGAAUGACGACGCCGGGCGGAAUGACGGCACUGUUGGCAAUGAUGCUGAAGAAUUGACUAUCGAGGAGGUGCAAGCACAAGAGAGGGCACGCAAGGAGCAAGAGGAGAGGGAAGAGAUCCUCUCACGUCUGGAAGAGGAGCAACGGCAGCAAGACGAGGCGGAUCAGAGGGUCAGCGCCUUGAAGCAACGACUACAGCGCAUCAAGCAAGCUCGUCUCGACAAGCAGAAAGCCAACAAAUAA